AUGUUGAGAAGACUUAGUGCAUUGAAGAAAUACAACAGUGGUAUAAAAUGUCGUGGUUUCAACACAGCUGCUGCGCCAUCUCCGACCUAUCAGACAUCCAUUUUACCUAAUGGGUUAACUGUUGCUAGUGAAUCAAUGCCAGGUACCAGAACAGCGACAGUAGGUGUUUGGAUAAAUGCUGGAUCUAGAGCAGAUAACCCCAAAAGCAGUGGGACAGCCCACUUUUUAGAGCACUUGGCUUUCAAGGGAACAAAAACAAGACCACAAGCAGCUCUAGAAUUAGAAAUUGAAAACAUUGGAAGUCAAAUCAAUGCAUAUACAUCCAGAGAGAAUACGGUUUAUUACACCAGAUGCCUUGCCACCGACAUAAAACAAAAUGUUGAUAUCUUGAGCGACUUGUUGACGAAAUCGAAAUUGGAAAACAGAGCAAUAGACAACGAAAGACACGUUAUUUUGCAGGAAAGUGACGAAGUUGACAAAAUGUACGAUGAAGUAGUAUUUGAUCAUUUACACGCUGUUGCAUUUAAAAACCAAGACUUGGGGAGAACUAUAUUGGGUCCAAGGGAAAUGAUCAAAACCAUCAACAGACAGGAUUUAGUGGAUUAUAUUACAACAAACUAUAAAGGUGAUAGAAUGGCUCUUGUUGGUGUUGGUUGUGUUGAUCACGAAGGGCUAGUAAAAUUAGGCGAAAAGUAUUUUGGAAACAUUGUAAAGUCGGAGGAACCUUUUAAUCAAAGCGGCGGCACUUUACCAUUGUUUUAUGGUGACGAAAUCAGAAUUCAAGAUGAUUCGAUGCCUACCACACAUGUAGCCUUGGCAGUUGAAGGUGUCAGUUGGUCAGCUCCAGAUUUUUUUGUUGCUUCCGUCGCAAACGGAAUUGUGGGAACAUGGGAUAGAUCAGUUGGUAUCGGAUCCAACUCACCAUCGCCAUUAGCUGUCACUGCUGCCACUGGAGGACCAGAAAAAACUCCAAUUGCAAAUUCAUAUAUGGCUUAUACGACAUCUUACGCAGAUACUGGGUUGUUAGGGGUUUAUUUUACUGCUGACAAAAAUGCAAAUCUAAAAUUACUUGUUGAUGCAAUUCAAAAAGAAUGGGGUAGGUUGAGUAGAGGAGACAUAACUGACGAAGAAGUAGAAAGAUCAAAAUCACAGUUAAAAGCCUCAUUACUUUUGGCAUUGGAUGAUUCCAGUGCUAUUGCUGAAGACAUUGGCAGACAGGUUGUAAAUACAGGUUAUCGUUUAUCACCAGAGGAAGUUUUCUCGAGAGUGGAAUCGAUAUCGAAAGAUGAUAUUGUCAAUUGGGCCAAUUAUAGAUUGAAAGGUAAACCAAUAGCUUUGGCUGCAGUGGGGAAUGUGAAAACCUUACCUUCACACAAAGAUAUCAGCAAUGGAAUGUUCUUUUAG